UUGAAUAAAGUCAUUCUUUACUUCGUAGUUGUUGAUGCUAUGUGAACGCUAUCACUGUUCCUUACCUGGAUCCAGAAGACGGAUGUACUGUACCACGACUACGGCAUUGAUUCUUCGGUUUCAUUCCGCAUAUUUCCGGCGUCAGUUGGUUGAGAGUUUGCUGCCACGAGAAUGGGAAACAGUGUCCCCACUUGAUGCAAAGGUGAUCGGACUGAAGAGAAGCAUGCUUUCAGACAGUGCACGAAACGCCAAGCAAUGCUGCCUCCUGAGCGAUUCAAGACCUAUGUCGAAGCCAGGAGCAUCUUCACCCCUCUGCGUGGUGUGCACCAUAGUGGCGGAUAUAUCCCUGGAAGCAAGCACUACACCGGGGUAGUCCACCACAGUGCGCAUCAUGGAGCUGGACAUCAUGGCUCUUCUGGCGGACACUACGGUUAAAUUUCAAAAAUCAACACGGUCUUGAGUACUUCGAAGUAGAUAUUUCAUAUGAAAAUGUUGACAACUACUCUUAUCAUGCUG